AUGCUCUUCGACCGGUGGCAGAGACAUUCCAAGCAUUGCCCCCGCUGCAAGCGCGUGAUGCGCGCCUUUGGAGUGAUGCAGUCUACCGCUGGCAGGCUUUCGGUGCUUGGCCUAGGCCUCGCCUUCGUCCUGAUGCUGAUGCGCCAGUUCCGAAGCUCCAGCUAUUGGCUGCUGCUCACGCUUCUGCUGGCCGCCCUCGGGCGCUGGGCCGCCGCCGAGCGCUGGGGCUUCGUAUCCUCUGUGCCUCUGAAGGGCUUGAUGGAGGUGCCCGUCUACAAGAGUGGGCAGAAAAGGAUCUCUGAAUAA